AUGACACAAAAUGGGCAACACCACGGCGAUCUGUCAAACGUAGACCAAAAAGCAUCAAUGGAAGAAAAUACACCGAGAAUGAAUAAUGAUAAGCAACAUGUGAAUGUUGCUGAUGUAAAUAGUAAGAAUGAAAUAACUGUUGAUGAUCGUUUCACAAUGAAUUCCGGAAGGAAUGUUGAUUUAGUAGAACAGGGAUCAGAAGCUUUUGGGAUGCAAUGUCGAAAUGUUGCAAUUAUCAUAUCAUCUCUGAUUAUUUGUUUUUAUCAUGAAAUGUAUCUAUCACUGGUUGUAAUGAGUGUUAUACCAUUGGUCAUAACAUUGAAUAUACUUUCAAAAAAGCUUUCGAAGAAAUCUGAUCUUAUCUUAUCCGGCAAAAUUUCCCAGACAAUUCAACUGGAAAAAGAAUUAUUGUUGCAAAAAAAUUCCAAUGAUAAAAUUGCAAACGAUGAACAUUUGAUGAGAUUGUCAACAGAAGUAAGAAGCUGUACCCGUUAUGCUAUCCUACAUCAAAUUUGGAAAAGUUCCCAUUCCGGAAUUCUAUCUUUUACAAUCUUCACAUUUAUUGGUUGUGGAAUGCUUUAUGGAGGUUAUCUUCUUAGUAUCAAUUCAAUGAUGAAAGAAGGCGAUAUAUUCAUUAUAGUAUUAUCGAUGGGACUUAUUGUAGACAGUAUCUCAACUACUACAACAUAUUACCAUCGUAUUAAGAAAGCUAUCCAUGCUGCAUUGUAUAUUUGGAAUCUUCAACAAUUUGAUUAUCAAUUCAUGGUAAGGAUUUUUCUAAUUGUUAGCAAAGUUGAUUUAUAA